CCGCCGCCAGACCUACAGCCGCGAGGCAGCCCCGCCAGCGACCCGGUGGCGCAGGUGUCUAGGGGUUCCCGAGCGCCCGAGAGCAUGAUCGUGGACAAGCUACUGGACGACAGCCGCGGCGGAGAGGGCUUGCUGGACGCGGCCAGCGACUGCGGUCUCAUGACCAGCCCUCUCAACCUGGCCUACUUCUACGGCGCGUCGCCGCCGGCCGCGGCGCCGGGGACUGGCGACGCCAGCUGCUCGUCGUCGGGGCCCUCGGCGCCCGGCUCUCCCGGCUCAGACUCCUCGGAUUUCUCCGCUUCUUCCGUAUCCUCCUGCGGGGCCGUCGAGUCCCGGCCGAGAGGCGGCGCCCGCGCCGAGCGGCCACAAGUUGAGCCCCAUAUGGGGGUUGGACGGCAGCAGAGAGGACCCUUUCAAGGUGUUCGUGUGAAAAACUCGGUGAAGGAACUCCUGUUGCACAUCCGAAGUCAUAAACAGAAGGCUUCUUCAGGCCAAGCUGUGGAUGAAUUUAAGACACAAGGUGUGAACAUAGAGCAAUUCACAGAACUGAAGAACACAGUAUCAUAUAGUGGGAAAAGGAAAGGGCCUGAUUCAUUGUCUGAUGGACCAGCUUGCAAAAGGCCAGCUCUGUUGCAUACCCAAUUUUUGACACCACCCCAAACACCAACACCAGGGGAGAGUAUGGAAGAUGUUCAUCACAAUGAAUCCAAACAUGACAGCAGUUCCGAUCUGCUUCAAAACAUUAUCAACAUUAAAAAUGAAUGCAGCCCUGUUUCCCUGAACACAGUCCAAGUUAGCUGGAUGAACCCUGUGGUUGUCCCUCAGAGUUCCCCCAGACAGCAGUGUCAGGACUUCCAUGGAGGGCAGGUCUUCUCACCACCUCAGAAAUACCAGCCGUUCCAAGUCAGUGGCUCCCCACAAAUGAUGGAUCAGCCUUCCUUGUACCAAUAUUCUCCACAGAACCAGAAUGUGCAGCAGCAUCAGCAUCACUAUACCCACAACACAAAUCUGGAAUAUAGUCCUUAUUCCAGAACUCAGUCCCCCAACUAUGAACCAAAUUUCUUUGAUGGUCAGGAACUACAGUUGUGCUCAAACCAUAGUUUUGCAUCUCUUCUAAGUAAUCAUGAUGAAUCUGAGAAUAUUGCUGUACCCAUUCAGACUCCUCCCAAUGUCCAGCAACAAAAUGAUGCCCACCUGCAGAACUUUAGCAUGAUGCCAAACAGUGCCUGCGAGCCCAUGGGGGGCCACAGUGCAGGCUCUUCCCCUUUAAACACCUCACUGCCGUUCCAGAACAUCUCUGGAAACUCCAUGAGCACCGCACAGUUAGGAAAGUCAUUUUUUCAGUGGCAGGUAGAGCAGGAGGAAAGCAAAUUGGCAAAUAUUUCCCAAGACCAGUUUCUUUCAAAGGAUGCAGAUGGUGACACGUUCCUCCAUAUUGCUGUUGCCCAAGGGCGAAGGGCACUUUCCUAUGUCCUUGCAAGAAAGAUGAAUGCCCUUCACAUGUUGGAUAUUAAAGAGCACAAUGGACAGAGUGCAUUUCAAGUGGCAGUGGCUGCCAAUCAGCACCUCAUUGUGCAGGAUCUGGUGAACCUUGGGGCCCAGGUGAACACCACAGACUGCUGGGGAAGAACACCUCUGCACGUCUGUGCUGAGAAGGGCCAUUCCCAGGUGCUUCAGGCAAUUCAGAAGGGAGCCGCCAGGAGCAAUCAGUUUGUGGAUCUUGAGGCAACUAACUAUGAAGGCCUGACUCCCCUCCACUGUGCAGUCGUGGCCCACAAUGCUGUGGUGCACGAGCUUCAGAGAAACCAACAGCCACAUUCACCUGAAGUGCAGGAGCUGUUACUGAAGAAUAAGAGUAUGGUUGACACCAUCAAGUGUCUGAUUCAAAUGGGGGCAGCAGUGGAAGCUAAGGAUCGCAAAAGUGGCCGCACAGCCUUGCAUUUGGCAGCCGAAGAAGCAAAUCUGGAACUCAUUCGCCUCUUUUUGGAACUGCCCAGUUGCCUGUCUUUUGUGAAUGCAAAGGCUUACAAUGGGAACACUGCCCUCCACGUUGCUGCCAGCCUACAGUAUCGGGUGGCACAGUUGGAUGCAGUCCGCCUGCUGAUGAGGAAGGGAGCAGACCCUAGUACUCGGAACUUAGAGAAUGAACAGCCAGUACAUUUGGUUCCUGAUGGCCCUGUGGGAGAACAGAUCCGACGUAUCCUGAAGGGAAAAUCCAUUCAGCAGAGAGUCCCACCGUAUUAGCUCCAUUAAUUUGGAGCUUGGUUGGCAACACUCACUGUCAGUUAGGCAGUCCUAAUGUAUCUGUACAUAGACCAUUUGCCCUGUAUUGGCAAAUGAAAGUUGUUUCUAUGAAACAAACAUAUUUAGUUCACUAUUAUAUAGUGGGUUAUAUUAAAAGAAAAGAAGACAAAUAUCUGAUUCCUCUUGGCAGAUUUGAAUAUUUCAUACCCAGGUAUCUGGGAUCUAGGCGUUUGAAUUUAAUUUCACUGGUAAAAUUGACUUCAGUUAACAGUAGCUUUUGGGUAGGAAAAGACUUUGAUAUGUAUGGUAUAAAGCAUUGCUCAUGUAGCAACUGCCAGUUUAAAAGCAGGUAAAUUUUAAACAUUUCUUUAAUAACAAUGAAUGCAUUUGAAAGGAAAAA